UCGCUCGUGUAAAUUUCCUUCGCACAAACCCUUUAUUGUUGCCUCUUUUACGCACUACAUGAGCUGUGAAGACAAUGGUGGAAGGAUUCUGUAGAGGACCGGAAUAAACCAUUGUAAAACUGGUUAUAAUUGUAGUUGAAUGAACGUGGAAGACUUAGACCGCACCGAUUGCAAAGCAGUCAGAACGGGGGUGCUGUUAGAGAGGGCAAUACCUCGGCAUGCUUAGUGUGAUAGCUGCACGUUAGACGAGGGAUGUAGCAUUGUAAAACUGGUUAGUUGAGUGAACAUGGAAGUUAUAGACUAUAAAAAGCAGUCGUAACUCAAACCAAGGAGCUUUCUGAGAGGGAACACCUGUGCAUUACCUGUCUCAUGUGCUGCACAUCAUACAAGGGAGGGAGAUCACUCGUGUUUUGCGACAAUAUAGGGAAGAUUUUGGAGAUAUAACCAUCAUCGAUUGCAUUAGGUCAUCCCUGUUUUGUCUACCAUCCUUAUAUUCGAAGAAUGUUUAUCCUUUUCUUUUCUUACUGCAUUUACAUGCAUUAUAAUUUUGGGUCAUAAUGCCCAUUAUAAACAAGUAGCAAUAGAGUCUAUGUGUUUUUUGCCUCAGACUGUAUGUCAUCAUUCACGUGUUUCUUUCAGCAAAGUACAUAAGUGUACCAAGUUAAAUUUUUUAGAGGACCCAGCAUAAGCAAGUUAUAGGCAGAAACACAAUUUUUACUGCCUGAGGCUGUUUGUUGUUGUUUACAAACUUGAUGAUUGGUGUCACAUGUAUACAAACUUUUGUAUUGAUGGUAUAAUGUAUGGCAUAGGGCUGUUUUCCGUUUUUUACAUGUAAACAAUAUUGUUAAAGAAAUUCAGUGACUUAGCACACCGGGUAAUGGAAUCCUGUCAGUUUACAAACUUUCAUCUCUAUACCUAACAUGGUUUUUGAGAUACGCUUGUUGAAACUGAACAUGACAACAACAAGAAUUCAGAAAAUGUACUUUCCUUAAUAAUUUUAGGUACACAUGUAUUUUAUCAUUUUGAGGAGAAGUCGGAUAUGAUCGAAAAGGAAGUGAAAUUUGGAUUUUAUGAAGAUAAUGCUGACAGAUCCUUGUCAUCCCUGUAUGCCGUAAAAUUGGUGAUAAAUUUCUCUGCCUGCUUUUCUCGUAAUGAACAAAAGUGUAGGCGUGGCUCUGUACAUGGACUGUGAAGUACUCUCUCUGUUAUGGAAAAGAGGUGUAGCAUUGUGGCACUGUAAAAUGACAUGUACAUACCCGGGCUGUGGUAUUAAAUUCCACUGUUGCUAAUGAUAGUGAGAGGAGGACACCAUUAAUGUACGUAUGCACAUUACAUAAGGCAACUUAUUGAGCUAAUUGCAUUCCUGAUUGUGUUAAAUGGCAUUCCCUCAGCCAUUAACUAACCCGUAGCUUCCCGUGACAGUAGUCCCAAAUGUUGGAAGUUGUAGCUCAGUGCGUUGUGUAUUAACCCUGUAUGUAGUACAUACAUUCUAGUCUGAUUGCCUAAGCUAACAUUGCGCAGUGUAAAAUAGAUACAUGGACUGCAGUAAACUCCUCUCUCUGUUGUGAUAGUGAAUAAAAGUGUAAGAAAAGGGGUGUAGCACUGUAAAACAGAUACAUGUGUUGUGGUUCAAACAUGUGAUAAGCUCUUCUGUUAAUGAAUAGAAGGAAGGACGUAGUUUAUUAAAUUGUUAUAUCUGCUAUGGUAGUGAAUUUGAGUGCUAAGAAAAGGCGUAACACAAAUAGAUGGAGGCUCAGUUAUCACCAAAUGUUUGUGUGGCAUUUCCAGUGCAGGUGUUGUUGAUUGUAAUUCAUGAACUGUGCAGCUAAAUUUCUCUGUCUGUUAUGAUAGUGAAUUUUAGUUGAAGUAUGGGAGCUACCUGUUCCUGUGCUGUGACCAGUGCAGGUGUGGGUGUAGAGUCAUGAACUGUGCAUAUGCACACAAACUUUGAUGCAGUCCCUGUUUUGCUGGACGUUUGUAGGAAUGUAGCUUAGUUAUACCUUUUGCUCUGGAGCAGUAUUCUGAACCCUUCACUACUGAAGUCAGCGUUUUAAGUAAUAUACAUAUGUAUGUCAUAACAGUAACUAACUGAACUUUAAACUUGGGGGGAAGCUCUGUGUUAUGAAACUUACAGCUCUCGUUAUUAGUACAUAGCUUAUUUUUGGGGUCUAUUAUGGAUACAACAUGAAUUUGGACAUUCUUUGUGAUCUGCAGACUGUUUUAAGCUACGUACCCUUCAAUGGUGCUAUCUAUACUAUACUGUGUGUACCCCUGUGUGUAGUACAUACAUUCUAUAUAGUCUGAUGGCCUAAGCUAACAAUGCAAAGUUCACUGUGUAGUAGACCUCAUUAGCCUGUGGAUGACCCUUGUUCUUGGAGAUACUGCACUAUACUUGUCCAUUGUUAGGUAAUCUUGCUUAAACAUUUUGGUGAUCUUGAAGUACCAUUUUUUAUAUGCAACUGCUUGUGUAAUGUGUAUUAACCUGACUGUGUAUCUAAUCCUUAGCAUGCAUACAUGCAGUUCUUGGACAGUCCAUUGAUCACUGCAGUCACUACAGGCUCUGGCCAUAAAGUAACAGCCUCAGUGUUCAAAGUUUAAGAACACAUUUUAAAAGGGAAUAAUUUUAGGCUCUGUCCAGUAUUCUAGGCAUAAUUAUGGCUCUAAUGGCUGCUUUGUAUGGUACACAGUUUUGAAUGCAAUGCACCAAACUUGGUGCAUCGUUGAUAUUUUGCAGGCCGGUGUGCUAGUACUUCAGUCAAACUAGUUGGAUUGUCAGAAAUCAGUUGACUGUGUUUAAUCUCCAACCUGCCGUGCGGUACAGUGUGUGCAUUGUCUAUGAAUACCUGUAUAGGUGUGCAGAAACAUACGCAGAAUGAAUUUGGACAUUGAUUAGGUAGCAAGGCAAAGCAACUAAACGCAGGACGUUCUGCAGUCUACUCUAUACACAGAGCUACCAGCACAGCUCAGCUGGCAGGCAAAGAACCCACGACACUCUGCAGUCUGCUCGGGAGUCAGCACACAGGGCAAGGGCCAACUUCGUAAGCAGCAUCAGCCUAUUCUCUAGUUAGCUACUUCCAAGACAGACACAAUGGGAACAUCAUUUCGACAAAACAAGGACCCAUCCUUCAUAUUGAUUUUGGAAUGCUGUUUGAGUCAUCUCAAGGAUGGAAUCUAGGGUUUGCUGACCUCGAGUUGACUGAGGAAAUGCUGGAUAUGGAUGGCAAGGAAUCUGAUACACUACAGGGUUACCUGUAUCUGAGAGCCUACCAAGAACAAGUGGUGUCACUUGUCUCUCACACAGGGUUUCGAGAAACUCAGCGCAGGGCCAGGUUCAAACAUAGUCCCAGUGAGAGAAAGGCUGCCAAGACCAUCAUUUAAGUGGCGGAGUAUUUCUGCCUAAAUUUCAGAACUAAGACAUAUUAUGAUCUCAUCCAAGAAAACAUCUACUACCACAAAGAAACUGACUAAUUCUUCUUCUGUCAGCGUCAAAAAUUGGUGGAAGGGGAGGGAGGCAAAUGGUUGUGAAAACGCAAAGUACGACUCACGCACGUGCGUUGGCGUCCACUUUACACGAUUUUUGUUAGCCAGCGGUUGACCCUCGAGAAAAGUCGCUUUAAGAAAGGCAGGCAAGGAUGGGAGUU